UUUAGGGUUUACAGCACCGCCACCAUCGCCGACUCUUCCCUCUCUUAUCGGUGAAACCGUUACUCAUUCAUUGCAUUGCAGACAUGGCAUUGCCGGCGAAUAGAGAUCACACUCCCAAAUCUGAUUCCACAAACCCGUGCUGCGAGCAGUGGAAGAAGAAAUACUUGAAGGCGCAAGAAUUGCGGAAUGCUCUGCGCCAAGCCGUUAAUGUUCUUGAACUUAAAAUUAACGAAAUUCAGGCACAGAAAAACAAAGCAUCUGUGGUCAAAGCUGAAACACAGGAAAAAUUGGAAGAGGUCAAUUCUAGAGUACCUUUAGAGAAUGAAAACUGUAGCUUCAAGUCUCAGAUUGCUAACCAUUCGACUCAGAAGGAGCAUGGCAGCAAUGAUCGGGAUGGAGAUGAGAAUGAGAAGUUACGCGGUUUACUAGCUGAUGGGGAAAAGGAAAUUGGUAGAAUGAAGGAGCUUCUAGACGUGGAGAAGAGAAGGGCUGAUUCUGAGAGUAAGAAAGCUGCAGAAGCUUACAAGUUGCUAGAAAAAGAGAAGAAUAAGACUGCAGAUAAGGGGGAGACUGCCAGAAUUGAGGGGGAGAAGGCGGAGGAGUAUAGGAUUCAGGUUGCACGAUUGGAGAAACAAGUUAAUGAAACAAAAACAAAGUUGGCAUCGGAGAUGUCUAAGUUUAAAGAGGCAACCAAAAAGUUUGAGACUGAAAAGCGCAAGAUAUUAGCAGAAAAAAGAAAUGCUGAGUUAGGGAUGGCAAAAGCUAAUGAAAAUUUUGAGGUUGAAAAACGCAAGAUAUUAGCAGAUAAAAGAAAUGCUGAGUUGAGGAUGGCAAAAUCUAAUGAGGUUGAAAAAUGCAAGAUAUUAGCAGAAAAAAGAAAUGCUGAAUUAGCAAUGGCUAAAGCUAUUGAAAAUUUAGAGGUUGAAAAACGCAAGGCCGAUGAGGAAAAAAGGCGUGCAGAUGCAGAGAUGGUUAAACUGGAGCAGCAGAAGGCACUUGCAGAAGAUAACUGGAACAAGUUCAUGAAAGAGAAACAUCUUGCCAAUCAGAUGUCUCAGCAAGUAGAAGAGGAUAAGCGAAUGAUUGAGGAUUUGAAACAGAAAAUCGAUGAACUCUCAUCUUUGAAAAAACCAAUUGAAAUGACUGCUGAUGUCAAUGUGAAAGCUGGAGGUUCAAAAGUGAAGCUUUUGAAAAACAAACUAAAGCUUGAAAAGCUACGAGCAAAACAUGCCAGGCAAAAAUAUAAGUUAGAAGCAAGUCGUUUCAGCGUUUUACAGCAUGAAUUAGGUCGUCUAAAGGUUGAUUUCAUUCAACUUGUACAUCGCCUUGAUAUACUGGAUGCAUCCUUUUCACCUGUUGCUGGAAGUAUACAUGACCAAACAAAGUCUCAGAAUAUACUAGACAUGCAGAACUCAAAUGUCACAAGGCAAGUCUGCCAUCUAAAUUUGUCUCAGAUGCAUGGCCAAUUUGAAAAUGAGUUUUUGGAUCCAUGCUGCACAACUACAGAUACACGUGAUCCAUUGAGGAAAAACAUGCAGCAUACUCCGCUCCUUGGUCUAUCUAGUGGAAAUUACUCUCAAUCCAUCACAGGUAUUGAUUCUAAAUUGGGGCCUCUUGUUAGAGGAUCCAACAGAACAAAGUUACAGAGUUCUGCAGUGAAUUCCAGUACAGAAUCUUUUUCUGAUAGACAGUUGAUGGGCUCACAGGAAACAACUACUUUUCCAGUUUCUGCAUCAGCACCAUUGACGCAGGAGAUCUUUAAUGCUAGGCAAAGCAUCUGCAAUCCAUAUGAUAGAUCUGUUACCGUGCACCAUUUGAAGAGGAAAAGAAUCCAUGAUGCCGUUGAAUAUAUUGCAAAUUUGUCAUCUGAGAAACUCUCUGAUUUGCAUGGUUUGUUGUACAGAAAGUUUGGCAAAUGCUUAGAGGGAGAAAGAGAUGUGCUUCCUAAUCUGAACAAUUUACAUGUAAAGGAUAACAGGGCCCACAAGAAGAGAAAGAAAUCUCAUAGGGAAAAAGUGGACAUGAUACCUUGGGUUAACAGGGAUGAGAAAAGGGGCAUAGAUGAGGCCAACAAUGAGGUCUACAAUGAUGCAAAUGCUUACAGACGCACUUCCUGCCCUGCCUCAUAUACUUUAGAAACCACUCAAGCAUGUGGGGAGAGGACAUGUGAUGCUGCAAAUAAUCUUGAUUCCAUAAUUAGUUUUGACACAGUGAAUGGUGGAAGUUAUAUGAAGUUAUUAGAAUUGGAGAAUGCUACCAAUGAGGAAUGCUAUAGAAGAGUGAUGGAUUGUCCCUUGUCUCCAUCUCUUCCUGAAAUUGAAUUUCAUGAAACUUGUGCUGCAGAUAAUUUGAUUAAUCCCUUUCUAGAGGAAUCACUUCAAGAAGACAUGUUGAGUUCAAGAACGGACCUGUUUCCUUCACCUUUCUUUGAUGUACUUAGAGUUGAAAUCAAUUCUAAUGAACAAAAGUUUGAUGUUUCUGGAGUUCCUUAUAGUUUGCAGAAUAGGUCUACACAGGCUAAAAAAGCUGAGGUUGCAAAUUUGCCACAUAUGCACACUCCAGAAGAUUCAAGGACUGCUUCUUUGAUGGAGGAUGGAGUUGGAUCUUUACACAAUCAACUUCCUGAAUUUUGUGUUGUCUUUUCAAAUAUCAAGGACAAUAGUACCAUAUCUAGGAUACUUGUUGCUACAAAAAGUUGUAUAGCUAGGUGCAAUUUGGCUACUCAAACAGGCUGGGCAGUUAGUAACAUUCUAACUGCACUUAAAGUGGAAGAUAAACUCUCACAGAAGGAGAAUGUUUCAGUAUUGUUAACACUGCUGCUGUUCAACUUUACUGUGACUACAACAAAGACAUUUGGGAAACUAUGGGAUGGGAGUUUUUUUGACUGCUUGAAAUCUUAUUCUGAACAUAUUUGCACAGUUUUGUCCCGUCCAGAGACAAGAAAUCUUUUUGUAGAGAAUUAUCCUUUGCAUGAGUUUCUUGGCCUCAUUGAAGAUUUUCUUAUUGAAGGAAAAGUUAUAGUAAAGAAUAGAUUAGAUGCUGAGACUUGGUCAGAUUGUGAUUUGAGAGCCAAUGAUUUUCGGGAUUGUGUUAAUGAAGUAUCUUCUGAUGUAGCUUCAAAUGAACAAUUGUUAGCUGGAAGUGUUAUAUUAGCAUCGGUAUGCGCUGCAACUGAUCAUGUUGGGUUUGUUUGUGAGGCUUCAUAUGAGAUUCUUAGAUUGUGCAAAUGGGAUUCUUUAAUGGUGCUGACUAUUCUUCAUAUUUUUGCUUAUCUGGGUGGAGAAAAGUUUUUUGACUUGGAUAAUUUUGGUUUAGUGAUGACUGUUUUGAAGUCUCUGGUUAUGUCUCUUGAGCAUGGGAGCCUAUCCGAUGGUACUGCUUGUCUUCCUUCAAUAAACCAGCUACAUACUGAAUUUUGUAUGAAUGUCAAAUGCCCAUUCUUGGAAGGUGCUGAAUCUGUUGAUGUAGUUGCAUGUUUGCUCUUGGAAGAGAUAAAAAACUGUUGGCCUCAAGGGAUUAAACGAGUUGAUUUGUCUGAUUCUAGAUUCAUGUCGGACACUUAUAAUGCUGGACAUUGCUUUAAUCAGGAAGCGGCUCAAUGUGCCGUUAAAAAGAACUGUGAUGUGCCUUGUUAUUUGAAAAAGUGUGUGAUUUCUGCUUCUCCACCAGAUGCCCUUAAUAAUGUUGCCUUUUGUCACCUUAGUGAUGUCCUGUCAUUGGUGGAACUGGUAGCAAACAGAAUGAACUGGCACUGGACAGAUGUCAAACUUGUUCCUCAGCUUCUGAAUAUACUCGACUCAUGUGUAGAGGAAAACUUUGCUAUUGCUAUAAUUGUUCUUCUUGGUCAACUUGGGAGGAUUGGAAUUGAUGUUGGUGGAUAUGAAGACCAAGGAGUUGGAAACUUGAGAUGUAGUUUGUUUUCUUAUUUAUGCUGCACAACUUCCAUGAAUGCAGGCCUUUCACUUCAAAUUGCCACUGCCACUGCUCUUUUUGGCCUUCUUCCUGUUGAUCUUAACGCCCUUCUUCAUACUAACAUCAAUUUUCCAGCAUUUUCCAAAUCUGUUUCUGACAAUGCUGAGACUUUGAGGAAGUGGUUCUCUGGUCUGGAUAAAGAUCAGCAGAAAUUGCUGUCUGAUAUUUUAAAACGCACUGGUGUAUAUAACAAGUAAAAAUUUUGUCAGUACUUUCACAUGAAUUAAAAUACGAUUCCCUUGACAAUGCUCUUGGAGAAGUUUUGUAGAUUGACCAAUUUUUAGAAAUUAGAUGCGGUUGAUUCAAUCAGGUUGAGAGGCUUCACUUUGGCUUGGAUGCUGGUGAAGUUUGUAUAUAAUUUUUUUUUGGCUGUAAACGUGUAAAUUUGUUGUUAUUUUAUUUAUUGUUAAAACAUGUUAGAGAAAUUAAAUGCGUUAGCCCAAAAGGAAUUGUCUACGUAUACAUCUGUCUAUCUGAGCAUAGUUUCUACUGAGACUCGUGAGCCUACUAACUCAAGAGAGAGUUACUGGAUCAGCAAGAAAACGGAGAGGAUACAACAUGGAAGAAGAAAACCAUGAGCAAAGAGAGGAGAACUGUAGAAAGAAUUCGGCCUGAGGUUGGAGCAUGAAGUGGGAUAUUUUCUUUUUUAUUUUAC